AUGGAAAAUCUCCUCCGGUUCAAGAAUGCCAUUUCUAGCUGUACACAUAUGUGUAGAGGCUCUGGCACCAACAAGCCAGCCUAUACGGCACAUUCACCAACCGCCACUCAUGAGGCAACCGCCAAAGACAAGAGCCCAAAUCAUUGGCGAUAUAAACGAUUGGUCUCCAGUUCCCUCUUUUUAAAAUUUAAGCGUCGCUCGACGACACGUAUCACUGCACACGACAACAUAUCCUCCACCCCAACACUAGAAGACGCCAGAAAACUGCUCGACGGGAAGGACCAGAGCCCUCAACAUAAAUUGCUUGUCCUCCAUGUGGCACACGUCAUCGAAAACACACCUAACCUUCGUAAUCUGGUUGUAGAGGUUGUACGACUUGUCCAACAGUCAGAAUGUGAAGAUGUCGCUCAGGUUACGAUUGAGUUUGCCACUCAGUUGAUUACAGCAUUUGAAGACCCAAGCCGUUUUCCUAACGAUCAAACACGGCUAUCUGAACUCGUGUUAAAUUUCCUUAGUAUUUUGAAAUCGGCAAAUGCAAAUGGUAUACAGAGGACAAAGGAGCAAGUUAUACAUUCUAUCAGGCAAAUCCUCACAAAUCAUUAUGAUCUGUUCCGUGGAAGUGACAAGAAAGACUCCUGGUUGUCAUGCCUUAAAAGUGAAUGUCUUGGGCCAACCUUGUCUAUGUUACACAUCAUCCAUACAAGUGCCUCAAUAGUCCCUGUUCCGAUGGUUCAGCCACUUAUAGGGAUCAUUGCUGGUCUACUCCAAGCCACCGAGCAAGCCUGCAGCAACUAUGAAUGGAUGAGAUGGCUUUCUGUUACAGCUGCGGAGUUUGUUGUUUCCAUUGCUGCCGUAGUUGGUUCUGUUGAGAAGCCUAGAAAGGAAUGGCUUGAGGCAAUCGACGUAUUCCAAAAAAAACUCUUCAAAAUCGUCAAAGAAGCACAGCAUUUUUCAAAGCAGAGCGUCGCUACCCGAUUCCUCCAACAAGGGAGUCAUAAAAACGCUAUUGAAUUCAUGAAAGAAGACCUCAAGAAUGCUAUACAUCACUUCAAUAUUCAAACCAAAAUGAGCAUUAAGGCGGAUAUUUUGCAGAUGGCGCGCCAGAUUGAGGUUUGCUCGCUGGAAACGCUUCCUCGUUUGACAGAUUAUGAUGUCAAUUCUCAACAUGGCCGUUACAGGAUCAUACAGGAGGAGUCAAUCAAAGAUGUAUUGCAUUGGAUUGAAGACUCAGAUGGAAUGACCUUCUUCUGGAUUCAAGGUGCUGCCGGCAUAGGAAAGUCGACAUUGGCCCAUGGACUGUUUGACAUCCUAAAGAGCGAGGGCCUUCUUGCUUCAUUUGCCUUCUUUUCCAUUGGUAAUAGCUUGUGCCCAAAGGACCUUGUCCGGAUGAUGGCUCGAGAAUUAUGCAGCUUACACCCCGGGUCUCGUAUGGCAGUCGCGCUGGCCAUAGACCAUUGUUCUGGGGUACAUCACUCUCUCGAAAAAUAUCUGAUCGAUUUCAUUGCAGCACCAAUAUCUACAUUGGGCUACGCGGGACCACUUGUUAUUAUCAUCGAUGGACUGGACGAAUGGGAUAAAAGGCUUAUGUUACUUGAUGCCCUGCGUCGGAUUAACCUGCCAGUCAAUCUGAAAUUUGUCAUUACAAGUCGUUAUUCGCCGGAUAUUGAACAGGCCAUUGAGGGAAGUUUCACCCAAUACCAGUUGGCCCAUGUGUCGGAAGACGUUUGCUACAGGUACUUCAAGGACAAUUUUCUUGCAAAAGGAAUCAAUGGCGUAGAUGAAAAACUGCUGCAUGACCUCGUCGUGAAAACUGACGGGUAUCUCAUGUGGGCCGCAACCGUCUUCUCCCGUAUAUCCAUUCCAGAUCCGAAGAGAACAACGCUACAAAUCCUCGAGAAUAUUGCCUUACCGUCUUUUUAUUCUGCGGAAGUAAAUUGGAUGGACGACUUUUAUCGAGAAGCAUUGGAACGAAUUCUGCCUCAUCAACACGCCAGAUCAUGUCUCGAAUUAUUUCUUUCAAUGAUGGCGCUGAGGGAAGCCCUCCCUCUUCGGGAAUUUUCCCGCUUGAUUGAUUUGGAGGAGCAUUUUGUCAAGACUGUCUACUCCCAAUUGAGGGUGCUGCAGACUCGGGGGAAAUUCCAUGAGGGAAUAGUGCAACCUGCCACACAAUUAUUCCACACCUCAUUCAUCGAGUAUUUGGGUCGGGUAGACAAAACUCUGAGUCCAAAUGGCGUCAUGGCCGUGAACUGCACACGCUUUUUCGUAAAAAUGGUUCGGGCAGGCACUGGAUUUGUCAAGCUUCAAGAAGCGGAACAUUAUGUUGGAAAUCACUGGAUGGACCAUUUAUGGGAGAGUCCCUCGGAAACCAAAGGCUUCCUGGAGACAUUUCCACAUCUUUCAAGAAACCACAUAUGUGUGCGUGGUAAAUGCUUGCUGCCUCACAUACGCCUCUAUGAGGCUCUGAAGCCUUCGCCCGAGGUAAUCCCCUACAUCCCAGUUUUCUUCAGCUCUCUUGGGCAUACGUAUAUAGGCGUUGAUGCUAUAUCGAAACACCGGCAACUUACAACCGAAGCUGAGCUCGCUAACAACAAGAACCCAACGGCCUUCAACUGGACGCAUUCCGAAUCGCGUUCCAUUUCGGUUAAUUAUGAUAAUGUCAUUUUUGAGAUUAGUUUGGCCAUAGCCAACUUUGAGAGAGCAGUAGAUUGCGCUCCCUUGAGCCAUCCUUGGCCUCUCACCCAGUCUAAAACUCGGCAACGCUGGACCCAGAAUCGAUUUGGGCACAUCGAGACACCCCAGAGCGACAAUAUCCCCAUAAACCUCGGCUGCAGGUCGACUGGGCGUAUGUCUGAAACCGCAGAAAUUACGAAUCCAGCAUAUCCUUAUCACCACGAAGCUACGCAACACAGCGUAGCCAUCAAGCAGUCCAUGUCCAACAUCAAGAAAGUGGAUUAUAAGCCUGACGCAAGUCUUCCAGGAAUAUUCAGCAACCUUGGAGUCUGUUACUCGUCUCUCUUUGAGCGCACCAGAGACAUAACAGAUAUCAGCCGAGCCAUAAAACAUUUCCAACAAGCAGUGCAACAUGCUCCCUACGGUCAUGGAGAUCUCCCACAAAUAUUCAGUGAUCUGUCAAAGUGCUACCUCCUUAGAUUUGAGCAUGCUGCGGAUCCGACAGAUAUCAACCUCGCCAUAGCUUACGCUAAUAAGGCUACACGUUCUGCUCCACCCGGUCAUCCAUGCCUGCCAUUAUGGACCAGCAGCCUAGGUGAUCUUUACCAACGUAGGUUUGAACAAACCGCGGACAUUAUGGAUUUCCGCAACGCUAUAGAUAAUUUGUGGGCAAUAGGGUUUCGACUUGAAAAGCUUUAA